UCGGUCGAAUCGCUCACCUACCGUGGGUACUCUCUAUUUGCGCUUAGGCGGCCAGCUUAUUUCAAGUCGUGGAAGAAAGUCGUCACGGCCAGCCAUAACUGUUUCUCGAGUUCCGAAUCUUUUCCCCCCUGUGCAGUGUUUGCUUUCUCUCUUUCUGCCCAUCUCGGUAAAAGCGUGGCAUAUUGAACGAAGACAGAGAAGUGGUGUGGUGGUUGUUUGUGGAUCCAGCACCGGUGAAAUGGUGCUUUAAGUUAGAGAAGGAAAGAAAAAGAAAGUGGUCAAUACACUGUUGUUGUUCAUCUGGGCACAGGGCUUUUGCUAGUUGAAAUUUGGAAGCUGGUUCGACGAUUUGGGUGAUAAAAGUGAUGAAUCAAAUUUGCAUCGCAUUGCAGCAAGAGUGAAAUUGGCGAAUACAAAUUUUAGAUUGCAAUCGGUGUUGUGCAGUUGAGUUGACCUAGCUUGUGGCUGAAAUAACGGUAGAAAUGGCUCUUCAGAUGACGGAUAUGCUCUACGAGAACCCGAUGGAUCACUUUCUGACGCUGUUCAUCGAUUUUAUCAUUUUUUUCUUCAAGUCAAUCUACUACACACUGGAGACGUGUCUGUUGACUUGCAUUCCGUACCGAUUCCGGAAACUGAAGGAUAUCUCCGGACAAGUGGUACUGAUAACCGGUGGAGGAGGCGGUGUUGGGCGACAUCUAGCGCUGAAUUUCGCCCGGCUACGGACACGGGUAGUGAUUUGGGACAUUAAUAAGGAUGCGCUAAAAGGCACCGCCGAUGAGCUGGCGGUUGAAGGUUACUACUGCCACACCUAUCUGGUUGACAUCUCGGACCGGGAGCAGGUCUACGAGGUAGCCAAGAAGGUUAAGGAGGAGGUCGGCGACGUCAACAUUUUGAUCAACAAUGCUGGAAUUGUCGCCUGCCGGACACUGUGGGAUCUGUCGGACAAAGCCAUCGAGAGUACCUACGCAGUCAACAUCCUAUCGCACUACUGGACCACGAAAGCUUUCCUACCAGAGAUGAUGAAGACCAACAAGGGACAUAUUGUUACCGUGGGAUCCGUUGCCGGACUACUGGGAACCUACGGAUGCACCGAUUAUAGCGCCACCAAAUUUGCCUGCGUUGGUUUUCAUGAAGCCUUAUUUACUGAGUUAAGGACCCACGGCUACGAUAACAUCCACCUGACGCUAGUUUGCCCCUACUACAUUAACACCGGAAUGUUUGCCGGCUGCAAACCGCGCCUCUUGCCGAUGCUGGAACCCAAGUAUGUCGCUGACAGUAUGGUGAAAUCGAUCCUGAAGAAUGAAGUCAACUGCACCCUGCCGGACAACGUGCGUGUAUUCUUGCCCCUCAAGUGUCUGCUACCGGCCAAGGUCUGCUGGGAGAUGAUGAGCCGUAUCAUGAAGGGACCGCAGACAAUGAUGGGCUUCCGCGGUAGGGGCAAGGCCACCGCCGGUUAGGGAUUUUCUCCAUUUCAGCGCCAAUUCUUUCUAUUUUGAGUAGUUUUAUAGUUGAUAGGAUUAUCUUUCUAU